AUGGAAUCUGACGGCAAGAAAGAGGGGCCUGAUGCCUCCUCUCUUCAACCAGUGUCUUCACUACGAGCACGAUGGGAGAAUAUGAACAAGGCGGAUAAUGGCGCCCCGAAUGUGCCACCACCCAGGUCCUCGACUCCGCGAACGAGAUCACCCUCCCCCAAACCGCCUCCGAUCCCGGAUACGAGACCGAGUCGAGAUGCAAUUGCCAAGGUGACGGGCGACGACUCAAGGCCGAGCCCCAUUGAUACCAGCGCAGCUGCCAUGCUUCCAACCCAGAGUCCCGCCGUUACACGAUUCGCUCCAGAGUCGCUCAACCUCGUAAGCCCUAGACCGUCACGCCCGCCGGCGGUCCUCGUUGAACCACCCCAUUCUCCGCCAAAGCUGGGUGGACUUUCCUUGGGAUAUGGCAAUGACAGCAAUGGCCAGCUCAGCGCGGAUCCAACCAAGUCCGCCCUGCCCAGCACACCAACAACGCCAGCAAGUCGGCCCUUGAGAUCACCGAGUCGGCCCACAACGCCGACGCCAGUCUUCGAGCCCCGUCUAUCCCCACGACUUGCGCCUCACUCACAGCCUCCAUCUCCACCGCCACCACGUAGAUCUGGCGAGCUCAAGCGAGACGGCAAGCAGCCUCCUGCUAAGGUGCCACCGCCCGUCAAUAGGGCAGAGAAGCCGAGCAACCGACUCUCUGGCAUCAUCACCAACGCCCCGAACCUGGGCGCUCCCCCGCCGGCUUCUGAAGAACGAUCUCCAUUCAGCAGCCCGCCCCAACUUGCAAGUAGCCCCGAGGUUGAAGAGCCACCAUUGCUGCCGACACGCCCUGCGCGGCCCCUUUCGCAAAGGAUAGCGCCGACUCGGACCAAUACUAUUCCAGCUACAUUUGAGCCACCACCGGUUCAUCACGCGGUUGCGAACCGGAGGCGAGACCAGGAUAUUCGUGCACAAUCUAGAUCAGUGGCCAACCAGCGUGAUGAGCACGUAGGCUUGGUUCGGCACCAGUCUGUGAUUGAGACCUCAAGGAGCGCGCCACCGCCAAAACCUCCGAGACCCGGGGCCAUUGCAUCACAAGUGACCGUGGACACAUCCCUGUCGGCAUUGGCACCUCCCAAGAGGAUCGUUUCUACACCGACCACUCAGUAUUCACCAAGGAGCCAUGGACGUUCAAUGACUGUGGGGGCGUCCGACAAGCCACCUCAAGUCAAUCGAGAAAUGGCGAGACGAAUCGUGUCAGACGAGCACAAGGCCAUAGCCGAAUAUCAGGAACCAAUCCAUAACGGCACAGCGCCGGCCCCAGGGCCGACAGGGCCGUCAUCUUAUCCGGAUGCGUCAAACAUCAAUCGAAGAUUCCCUGCGGCGCAUGGCGUCAAAGAGCUAGCUGUCAAGUACGAUACGAGAUUGAUAGCCACUUGUGGACAAUAUGUUUGCACAACUGGCGCGGUCACACGCGUUUGGAAUCUUCAGACAGGGGAGCUCCUGGUCAGCUUUGCACCCUUUGAUGAGGGCGUUAGAGGUACCGCUGUAGCCUUCAAGCCUGGUCACUUGUUCGAGCCGCCGGCAGAUUCGGGCGUUCCUGCCCAGGAGGAAGGCACCCGAAUCUGGAUUGGCAGCAGCGUAGGCGAGAUAGUAGAAUUCGACAUCCCCUCGAAAGAAGUUGUCGGCACGAGAUCAAUCGCCCAUGGACAUUACGAGGUUACACAAAUCUACCGCCACAAAGAUGAGAUGUGGACCCUUGAUGAGGGUGGAACAUUGCAUGUAUGGGGGCCCUCGGAGAAGGACAGCCUGCCACGGCUCGGCAAUACCCACCCGCAUCAGACAUAUCGAUUGGCCAGGGGACACACAUUUUCAAUGGUCGUGGGUGCUGAGCUUUGGCUGGCCACAGGGAAAGAAAUCCGGAUCUAUGCACCCACAGUCGAUGGAAGGCAACAGGUCCAGGUACUCAUGCGUCCCUUGGUCACGGCUGGUGCCGGGGAAGUUACGGCAGGAACACUUCUCGCCUCGGACCCCAAUAAAGUGUACCUGGGUCACGCCGACGGCAAGAUCAGCAUCUACUCCAGAAACGACUGGACAUGCCUGGAAGUUGUGGGUAUCAGUUCCUACAAGAUCACCUCGCUGGCCGGUGUUGGCAACUACCUGUGGGCAGGUUACAACUCUGGAAAGUUGUGCGUCUACGACAUCGCGAGCUCACCGUGGGUGGUGAAGAAGGAUUUCACCGCACACAACGACAAGCCUGUGGUUAGAUUGGUCACGAACCGCUACGACUUCCACAAGCUUGAGAGAUUUCAGUUACUGUCUCUUGGUGCUGAUAACAUGAUCCGGAUCUGGGACGGCCUUCUCGAGGAUGACUACAAGGAAGCCGUCAUGAAAGCCAGGUACAAGGAGUAUAGCACGACGGAGAAUCUCAAAGUGCUUGUCAUGACCUGGAAUGCCGGAGCAUCUACGCCGACGACGCUGAGGAAGCUUGAAUCCGACGCAAACUUCUUCCCAAACCUGCUUAGAUCUAGUGGCUCACCAGACAUCCUCGUGUUUGGCUUCCAAGAGCUUGUGGACCUCGAGGAUAAAGCGGCAACUGCCAAGAGGCUUUUCAAGUCCAAGAAGAAGGACGCAGCUACAGACCAAGAGCAGAUGAGUCACCAGUAUCGUGCUUGGCGAGAUUUUCUCAUGAGGACGAUUGAUGAUGACGAGCGCAUGAGGGACGACAUCUAUCACCUGCUGCACACAUCGACCCUUGUCGGGCUAUUCACCUGUAUCUUCGUCAAAUCUAGUAUUAGGAACCGUGUCCGGAACCUCAAGAGCGGCGAGGUCAAACGCGGCCUUUCCGGCUAUCAUGGCAACAAAGGUGCCAUUGUCGUCCGGUUUUUUGUCGAUGACACUUCGCUAUGCUUCAUCAAUUGCCAUCUGGCUGCGGGCCAAUCACACACGCAGAGCCGGCAUACAGAUGUCCACGAGAUCAUGUCGGCAGAUGUGUUCAAGCCAAAGGAGGAACACAAACGACUCGAGGAAGCCAACGAGGAGGAAACGCCACGAGGUCUGGCUACCCGUAUUGACAGCUUCACAGGUGGAGGCAACGGCUGGAUGAUUCUGGAUCACGAGCUAUGCCUGCUUAACGGGGACCUCAACUACCGCAUCGACACCAUGUCUCGCGAUACGGUGGUGAACGCCGUCAAGGCCAACAAUCUUGCCAAGCUCCUGGAGCGUGACCAGCUGCUUGUGGCACGCAGACGAAACCCCUCCUUCAGGCUUCGGGCGUUUGAAGAAAUGCCAAUCACAUUUGCGCCGACGUACAAGUAUGAUGUUGGGACGGACGACUAUGACACCAGCGAGAAGAAGCGUUCGCCGGCAUGGUGUGACCGACUUCUCCACCGGGGCGGUGGCAACAUUCAGCAGCUUGAUUACCAACGCCAUGAAGUCAGGGCGUCCGACCACCGGCCGGUGACAGGACGCUUCAAGUUCACAGUCAAAAAGGUGAUACCCGAGCAGCGCGAGCGGAUCUGGGAGGAGUCUCUGGAGCAAUUCAAGGGCGAGAAGGUGGGCCAAGCUCUUGAGGAGAAGUAA